AUGAAUUCCCCAUACUUUCCACCGGCAUACGAAGGAAUCAUAGUUUCUCUCGUCGGUGGAGGUUUACUUAUCACUGGGAUAUUAGGAACUAUUUAUCAUCGAAGAAGAGCUCAUAGAAUUCCUACUGUUAUCAUAUCAUCAAGUGCGGAGGAGGGAAGAAGGUUUGUGAAACCGGAGAUCUGGGAUGUUAUGGUGGAGUCUGAAUUUGGUUCAAGAUUUGGUCCCAUCUACGAUAACAGUCUUGGUCAUACAUCUAGAUAUGAUGAAUCUGCGCAAACUUCUAUGUCGGGUGAGGUUUUGGAAUGGACUGAUAAAGCCGGAUCUAGGGGAGAAGAAUUAUGGAGUAAGGAGAAUAGAAUGGAACAGGAAGGAUACAUGAGGACUGUGGAGGUGAAGGGUGGAAUGAGGGACAUGGGGGAACGAAAGGACGAAGGUGAGGAAAGUAAUAAAGAAAGUGAGAAGAUCAAACUUAGGAAAAGGGAGAAAGAGAAUGGUGGAAAGAAAGAAGAAGUGAAUGUUUCAGUCAAUGAAGUUCAAUCUGGUUUUCCUUCACCACGAAUUAGCAAUAAUCUUGAUGAGAUGAGAUUUGAGGAUCUCAAUCCACUUGCCGUAUCUUUCCUUCCCGAUUCCACACCGACUGGUAAAGCUCAAAACCUGGGAAUUCACACAGUCAGAUUAACAUUACUUCUCGCUCUUCCUCAACCUCCGCUCUCACAGAUAUCCUCAUAUACCUCAGAGCACAAUUUAAUACAAGCGGGAUCUCCGGGAACACAUGAAUCCUCGAAUAUGAGAUACAUGAGAGAAGAACAAGACGAGAUACCGGAGAUGGAACUGGCAAUGUUGACCGUCCCUCUCUCUAUGACCAAAGAUGAUGAAUCGGCGUUCAGCGAUCUUAGACGGAAAACGAAAAAAUCACCCAACACGCGAGAGAGACAGGCUUUGGGAAGGAUGGAGAGAGAACAGGAAGAGAGGGAGAAUUUGGAUUUGGUUUCUGCAUCAGCUUACGAAUUGAGGUUUUUAUGA